AUGCGGCAACCCUUCUCACUGAAACAACCACUUGCGCAACAAUACCGUCAUGGACGCGAUACUCAGAUCCCAUCUCCAGGCGCGAUCAAUCGUCCUUUAACGCAUUGGGAGAUCGAACUUGCGCAACAUGCGCGUAAUGAACAAAGAAGAAUUUUCGGCGGCUUUACACUCAGACAGUUGGAAGAUUUAGGCUGUUGGGAUAAGCCUGAUGCAAAGCUAAACGAUCUGACCUGCCCGAUAAGUCCGGUUUUCCAGAGGUCUCAGUGGAGGAGUACAAUACCGUCUGGAGACCCAGAACAACAGAUUAUAGAUAUCGAUGAUGAGUUUGUAUGGGAAGCCCUGGUUCCCUGCUUACGUAUGGCUUCUACAUUUCUCGAACACCAACAUUUAUAGCCCUGGUGAGCUUAGCUGUCCUUGAUGUUUCGGCUAUGUAUAUGUAUACCUAGUACUGAUACAGAUUAUCAAUAGGCUAUUCGAAUUUAUUUGUGGACCCUGGACCCACGAAACUUCGGACGGUCUGAAAAAAAGGGUCGGAUCAUCCCUAGAAAGACCGAGUAAGGGACAUUAUACCUUUGGUGCCCCGCGGAGACGGCCUCAAAGCGCAGCAGACCCUCCAAGGAAGACAGUUGAAAACAGUCGAGAAGAGUAUAGAAAUAUGCUCAGAGCAAUGGAGGAUAUAGCUACAUUUCAGUUUGUGCGGUCGGCCGAGGCGAAGGACCCAGAAUCAAGGUUUGCCACUUCGGCAUGGGUUACUCAAGACCAAUAUGGCAGAGGAACUAUACAUAUCCCAGAGUGGCUAGUCAAUCCAUUGAUAUCAAGUACUCUUACCGCCUCUGAAAAAGCACAUCACCAAUUUAGCGUAGCCUCAACGGUUAGUUACUACUUGUCUUUUAGUACGCACACCUUUAACUGACAAGCCAGCUUACACAGGAGUUGAUGGUAUAUCAUCUAAUUCCUAUAUGAAUAUAUGUGUUGCCACUAAUAUUGCUAGCCAAUAGCAUGUGUUUAGCUUUUAUCAAACGUACGAUCGUUUAAGGUCAGGCAAGAUAAGAAGACUUCGAAGUGCUUAUUUUGAGCCUGUUAGAGCCCCCCUUGUAAUUCUUGAUGGAACGAUCUGCUAAACAUUUAUCUUCUAGUUUUACAACGAAGAAUACAUUUCCGAAGUAAGGUACUCCUGGGAAACAAAAGUAGGUCUACUUUUGUAGACGGAGACUUCUUAGACCAAAUACUGAUCUCUUGGGUAGAUAUUUGGGGGCACCACGUCGCCUUCAAUAGCGAUACCAUAACUGUAUUUCAAUUGGCAAUACACUUCUUUGCCCCUGCUUUCUACUUAUUGUCAGGACUGGCUAAGCUGGAAGAGAACUCAACCAGACUUUCCUGGGUUAGAAUUAUUACGAUAUCCUGAUAAAUAUGGAAAGGGAUCAGUCCAUACCCACUUCCCAACGCCUACAUGGCAUCUUGAAAAUAUUUCGCAGCAAGAGUUCUGGAACGUUCAUGUCAAAUCACUUGGAAAAGAGGCAUUGAGAAUCCCACGUAUAUAUGGUACACGUGAAAUAAGAGAAGGCGUGAAUGAGUAUACUAGAGGACGAGACUGGGAUGAGAUGACCAGAGGCUUGGGGCCUGACUAUAGUGUCCCACCGCCUCCUUUGAACGCGACAGCGACGGAAAAGUGGAAGUAUGAGCAACGUUGCCGAAGUAUACACGGUCUCCUUAGAUCUUAUCUCGGAAGGCAAAAGGAAAGAAUGAGGGAAGCCAAACUCGAAGAUGCCAUUGACGCAUAUUCAAAAUCGGAUAGUAACACUCUGCGAAAACUACUUGCGGACCUCCCUCUUCUCGACGACCCUUCUAUUAACAUCCAGAUCAGUACGCUUCUUUGGUUAUUCUUCAUGGGCUCUGAACAUAAAGAGGAAAGGGAGAUUCCAAUGAAAGAGGGCAAAAGAGCCAAGAAAUCUCUUGUAUGGUUUAUGACAGAGGCAUUCCCUGCACUGAAGGACAAGAAGAUAGAAGAGAUAUUAGAUCAACCGACAAGUACGAUAACAGCACUGUUAAUAAGACUAGCGGAGAUAUUGAAAAUUGGGAGACACAUAACUGCCCAGGAUUAUAUAGAAGGGAUUUGGAAGAAGGUCUUUGCUGUUUUUGAUAAUAUGGAAUCAGACAACGAAAGUUCGGAUUCGGAAUCGGAUUCGGAAGAAGAUCCAAUGGACGUCGGAGAUCCAAUGGAUAUAGACAACUAG